GUGUGACAUCACUCCCACUUGCUCGACUUGAAACCAGAGGCGAGGUUUAGGGUUUGGGGAACAAGUCCAGGAAGCUGUGUCAACCGAUAAGACAGAAACAUAUGAGGCAUAAAAUAAGACAACGUUUAGACUUAUUUCUCUCUUAGAAUUUAGUUAGAAUUAAAAAUAUAGUUUUAAUUUGGCGUGAUUAUCUGCUUCUUGGUGCCCAUUAGGACUAUACUGUAUGGUGUGUGGCCAUACACACCCUAACCCCUGGAUAUGGCAGGUCUCUGUGGUCUCAAGAUCCUGCUGCUCUGGGCCUGCAUCAUCGGAUUGAGCAAAUGUGAAACUGGAAAUGGAAAUGGACCAGACUCUGUUUCAGUCCAGACUAAAAUUCAAACCCCUCACCUCCACACACCACAGCAGUUUCCACUUCACCUUCGCUUUCCACUGUGUCUGUCAUCUCCUCACCUGCAAGCACGGCAGCAAAAUCUACUUCACCCUCAGUACCCAUUGUAUCUAUCACCCCCUCACCUCCACACACCACUGGCAGCAGCUCCUGCCAUGUCUUCAGACACUCCAACUGCUGCCGCCCAACCUCCAUUCAUCUCGUCAGCCCCCACCUCAGUCUCCCCAAAUCAGACAAACAAUUCAACUACCAUGUCUGCCACUCCUACCACACACCCAAACAAAACCAACAUCCAAACAGACUCUGACAACAAGACCUCACCUGCAGUCACCCAGCUCAACACCACAGUGACUCCUACCACCCAAGCUCCUCCAACCACUCCAGCUCCACCUCCACAGUGUUCUUACACUGUAAAAUCCAUCAAGUUUGGCUUCCAGAUUAACAUUACAAGCUCUACCACUGGUAACUACAACAUAACCAUUAAUGAAGAAGGCCGACCAGAUACUGAAAACAAAUCCAUGGUUCAGCACUCCAGUCAAAACUCAUCACAUGAAAUCAAACACCUGAAACCCUGUACUGAAUACGAGCACUCUGUGACAUUCAUUGAUACUAGUGCUGGCAGAGAAAACAUCCACUGUAACAGCACUGAAAAGGAUAAUAAAACAACCAACACAGGUAAAGACGACAUUAAAGAUGCCACCAGCUGCAUCCCUGGAUAUGUUUGUUACCAAACUGAUUGGAACAUCACCUCUUUACAAUCAACACCAAAUAAGAUUCAAGAUGAGCGAUGUGGCAGUAAAACACUCUGUGUCAAACUUGGUUACAAUGACAUUUGCACAGAUUUUACUACAACUAUCACAUCAGAAACCUGUGGAAACUCUUCCUUUAACUUCACCAAAAACAUCUCUAUCGAUUUCUUGAAUGUAAGUGAAAUAAAUCAGACUGCUCCCACUGAACUUCCUGCAAAAAUAAACACAACAUUACCUCCAAACUGUAAAAGCCUCUCCAUUGAUUACAGCUGUCGGGAAAAUGGCAGAGUCAAUGAGUCUAAGACUUUGUCUGAGCUGGAACCUUUCACAGACUACAACUGUACUGGUCAGAUCAAGGACAACGAUGGCACCGUAAAAAAAACCACAGCUCCUGUUCGGUUCAACAUUAAAUGUGAUUUUGAUAUCAACACAAAGAAAAGCUCAACCAAUACAUCCAUUGAGUUGAGUUCGACCACAACCAGUAAGAACUGUCAACAGGUCCCUCAAAACCUUUUAUACAACUGCAGUUGUAGCCGUCAUCCCCCUGGUUACAAGAUUACAGCUAACAACCAUCCACCAGGAGGAACAUGUCAUGUUACUGGACUACAACCAUACACUAAUUACACCUGUGAAGUCCAACCCAUCUAUAACAACAAGAGAGUUCCCAAAUCAAAAUCAUAUUCAGUUACAGAGAAAACUAAGAGUGGAAUACCAGAUCCUGUUACUAACCUGAAGGUGACAGUUCCAGAGCAUAAUGUGAUUCAUGUAAAAUGUGAUCAUUCUAAAAACUCUAAAGGACCUGAAAAUAAAUGCAGAGUGCGACUUAUUACUGGUGGAGUCAUUGUGGAUAAGACUGACACACCAAAUUCUAACCUUGAAUUCAGAGAUCUGAGCUACUCUACGACCUACACAGUGAAGGUGACUGUUUUUAAUGGAGACUUUGAGAGUGAGCCCAAGACAGACACAGUUCACACUCAGUAUAAUGACAAAGCUGUGAUUGGGUUUCUCAUCUUCCUCAUCAUCCUCACAUCUGUGGCUCUGCUUUUGGUCGUCUACAAGAUCUACAUUUUGAAGCGCAGGACGUCCCAUGACCUGACUGAAAGCAUGAUGCUUAUUUCACCAAAUGACGAGGACAAUCUGAUGCCUGUUGAGCCUAUUGUAGCAGAAGUCCUGCUGGAAACCUACAAGAGGAAGCUCGCUGAUGAGGGAAGACUGUUCCUGGCUGAGUUUCAGAGCAUCCCAAGAAUUUUCUCGAGGUACACAGUGAAAGAGGCCAAAAAACCCUGCAACGUCCCCAAGAACCGCUACGUGGACAUCCUGCCCUAUGAUUAUAACCGUGUCCAGCUGACCUCAGGAAAUGGCGAGGCAGGAUGUGACUACAUCAACGCCAGCUUCAUUGAUGGAUAUAAGGAAGCCAAGAAGUACAUUGCUGCUCAAGGUCCAAAGGAUGAGACUGUGAGUGACUUCUGGAGGAUGGUCUGGGAGCAGCAGUCGUCUAUUAUCGUCAUGGUAACUCGCUGUGAAGAGGGAAACAGGGUCAAGUGUGCGCAGUACUGGCCGUCUCCUGAGAGAGAGACUGAGAUCUUUGAGGAGUUUAUAGUGAAGCUGAACUCAGAGGACCACUGUCCGGAUUAUACCAUCCGCCAUCUCAGCCUAACUAAUAAGAGGGAGAAGAACUCAGAGAGGGAGGUGACCCACAUCCAGUUCAUGAGCUGGCCAGACCACGGUGUCCCAGGGGAGCCACACCUCCUCCUGAAACUGAGGCGGCGUGUUAAUGCUUUCAAGAAUUUCUUCAGUGGCCCAAUCGUGGUCCACUGCAGUGCUGGAGUGGGAAGGACAGGCACCUACAUUGGCAUUGAUGCCAUGAUGGAGGGUCUGGAGGCAGAGGGCAGAGUGGACAUUUAUGGUUACGUGGUCAGACUCCGCAGACAGAGAUGUCUCAUGGUUCAAGUAGAGGCCCAGUACAUCCUGAUUCACCAGGCUCUGCUGGAGCACAACCAGUUUGGAGAGACUGAGAUCACUCUGUCUGAGCUCCACAGCACAAUGAACACACUCAAACAGAAAAACUCAGACAAUGAACCCACCCUAAUGGAGGAGGAGUAUGAGCGACUCCCCGUCUAUAAAAACUGGAGGACAUUCAACACAGGGAUCACAGAGGAAAACAAGAAGAAGAAUCGCACUUCAUCUGUCAUCCCAUAUGACUACAACCGAGUGUUGCUGAAGAUAGAUGAAGGACGCAGUCAUGAAAGUGACCCUGAUGAAGAUGAGGAGGAAGAGUCAUCAGAUGAAGAGGAUGAAGAAUCUACUAAAUACAUCAAUGCCUCCCACUUAGAUGGCUACUGGGGCCCACGUGCCUUCAUCGCAGCACAGACUCCUCUGCCAGACACAAUGGCCGACUUCUGGUUGAUGCUUUACCAGAAGAAAGUGUCCACUAUCGUCAUGCUCUCAGACAUCAGCGAGGGGGAUACGGAGUCUGACUCUGUUUACUGGGAUAAAGACAAGAAGAUAUUUGGAGACUUAGAGGUGGAGGUUGCAAGCACAGACAUCACUCCAACUUUUAUCACCCGCAACUUGCUGGUCCGUCACGUCAAGAGGAAAGACAGUCGGUCGGUGAAACAGUUCCAGUUCCUGAAGUGGGGGAACAAAGAGCUGCCAGAGAACCCUCAAGAUCUCACAGACAUGAUCAAGGAGCUCAAGAACAGCUGUGGCAGCAAACCACAGAACAUGGUGGUCCACUGCAAUGAUGGCUCGUCCCGUACAGGGAUUUUCUGUGCUCUGUGCACCCUGCUGGACAGUGCAAAGACUGAGAAGUUGGUAGAUGUUUUCCAGGUGGUCAAAACCUUACGCAAGGAGAGACAGGAAAUGGUCUCCAGCCUGGAGCAGUACCAGUUCCUGUAUGACGCCCUGGAGGGGGUCUUCCCUGUCCAGAAUGGGGAAGUGAAAGCAGUACAGGCCUCUGCAGCUGACUCCGUCCAGAUUGUCAAUGAAACCAAAGCAGCGGAGCAGCCAGCUGAGGAAAAAGCUGAGCAGCCAGCCAGCGCUGCCAGCACUACCAGCAAUGACCAGCAGGCGCCGGCAGAGAGCACCCCUCUGGUGGCCGAUGCAGGGAAGGAAGACAAAAAAGAGGGGUCUGACAAAGAGUCCAGCACUCCCACAGAGACCUCACCACUGGAGGACACCAGCAACGGUCCCACUGUCACCGUGGAGGUCUGAGAGUGGUGGCAGGUGCAUAGCUGUUUUACUUUAGGAAAUAAGCGCUUUGAAUGCUUUCUUUUGAUUUCUUUGUGAAUGUAUAAACAUUGUAAAGCUUUUGGUGGUUCUGUAUGAGACUUGUUAAUGAAUUCGAUCAAAUAUUUUCAUGUCAAUUUCCAAAAACAAGUUAAGACUAAGUUAUAAAUAUGGUAAAAUGUAAGGGUGCAAAUAAUAAUCUGUGUGAGCAAAGUUUACUAGAACUGCUGUUAUCAAACUAGGGGCCUUGAAUUCACUGUAUAUUAAGAUAUAUCUAAGAACUAAAUUUUAAAUAUACAGUACAGUAAGUAAGUUGUUUUAUAUCCUAGUACAAGUGCAUGUUGAAUUUGAGUUUGCUUAUGUUUUUUUUUUUUUUUUGCUAAAUAAACAGAUGUUAUAGUCUCCUUUUAUAAAUAUAUAUAUAUAUUUGAUAUACCUGAAUAAUUUAGUCAUUAAGUACAAAAUUUGUCAUGUGAUACUGUCAUUUCAUUAAAAGAGACUUACAAUAAGA